CCGUUCAUGGCACACGUCAUCAGCAAUCGACCAAACGCAGCUGAGGCGCGCUUCCAAUGAGACAUUCAAAAGGUUUUGUAAAACACGUGAAUAUUGAGUAUGACUUAAGUCGUUGCAAGUGAAGGGUGUGAGUGUCGCUGGCGCCAUGACACAGUCAGUUGUUGUCCAGGGUGACACUUCACUUUGUUCUGCAGUCGGACAGUGUGGGAACCAGGUUGGCUGCAGGUUCUGGGAUCUCGCUUUGAGAGAACAUGCUCAUGUCAAUAAAACAGGAGUGUAUGACGAUGCUCUCAGCAGCUUUUUUCGGAAUGUGGACUCAAGGAAAAGUGAUGGAGGCGCCUGUGGUUUCGGUGGGAGAAUCCAACAUCUUAAGGCCCGAGCGGUGCUGGUGGACAUGGAGGAGGGGGUGGUCAAUGAGAUCCUUCAAGGCCCGCUGAGCGAAGUGUUCGAUAGCACUCAGCUUCUCACAGACGUAUCGGGUUCAGGCAACAACUGGGCAGUUGGACAUAUGUCGUACGGCUCAGUCUACAGGGAGCAGAUAGUGGAUAAGCUGCGGAAGGCUGCAGAACACUGUGACUGUCUGCAGUGCUUUUUUCUCAUUCACUCUAUGGGAGGAGGCACCGGUUCGGGUUUGGGGACCAGAGUGCUGAGCCUGCUGGAGGAAGAGUUCCCAGAGGUGUGUCGAAUUGUCACCUCAGUCUAUCCGUCUCCGGAGGACGAUGUCAUUACCUCCCCGUACAACAGCGUCCUGGCCAUGAAAGAGCUCUCAGAGCACGCUGACUGUGUCAUUCCUGUGGAAAACCAGUCAUUGGUUGACAUUGUGAAUAAGAUUAAACACAUGUCUGAUGGUGGAAAGCCAGGGCUGACGAUCAGGAAAGACAGCAGCAUCAUCUCUGGACAGGGUGGCCUCAGGGGGGCAGAGAAGCCCUUCGAUGCCAUGAAUAACAUUGUGGCUAACCUGUUGCUCAACAUUACCAGCUCAGCGCGUUUUGAGGGUUCUCUCAACAUGGACCUGAACGAGAUCGCCAUGAACCUGGUGCCUUUCCCUCGUUUACACUACCUGGUGCCCAGCCUCACCCCGCUCUACACGCUGGCGGACGUCAGUGUCCCCACCAGAAGACUGGAUCAGAUGUUCAGCGACGCCUUCAGCAAAGACCACCAGCUGCUCCGAGCAAACCCGAAGCACAGCCUCUACCUGGCCUGCGCCCUAAUGGUCCGGGGCAACGUGCAGGUGUCAGACCUCCGCAGGAAUAUUGAGAGACUGAGGCCAUCUCUUCCCUUUGUCUCGUGGAACCAAGAAGGCUGGAAGACGGGCCUGUGCUCGGUGCCUCCUGUGGGUCACUCUCACUCCCUGCUGGCCUUGGCCAACAACACCUGUGUGAAGUCCACAUUCUUGGACCUGAAAGAGCGUUUCACCAAACUCUACAGGAAGAAGGCUCACUUACAUCACUACCUGCAUGUAGAGGGGAUGGAGCAGAGCUGCUUCUCAGAGGCCAUCACCUCUCUCAGCUCGCUAAUUGAAGAGUACCAUCAUCUUGAUGCCACCAAGGGGAAACUAAUCCCUGAUGCACCCAGGCUCAGCAUCGCCAGAUGAAGGUCCACUCUGCUGUAAAUCGUUUUGUCUGGGGGGGGUUUUGUGUCUGUCUACCUAUUUUUAAAAAAACGACUUCACACAAGCAAACAUGUUGUAUAUACUUUUAUAAGUUAUAGAUCCAAAUUGUCUUAUUUAUGACCUGAUUAAAUUGUUUCCCUGUUUGAAAAAAAAAUAAACAACCUCAAUGUCAAAA